UUUCCGCAGAGAUCCCAAAUCGGCUUACAUAAUAAAAUGUGGGAGUACAUGAAUUCGCGCAAGCUUGUCUUUGUGAGCACUUACGAUGAAGGCAUACGUCGGGUGCGUACGUCAAAAGGCAAGUAUGCCCUAUUGAUGGAAUCACCAAAGAAUGAAUACGUAAAUGCCAGGGAACCAUGCGAUACGAUGAAAGUCGGCCGUAAUCUGGAUACGAAAGGGUUUGGCAUCGCAACGCCAAUCGGAUCACCGCUGAGAGAUCCGAUUAAUUUGGCUGUGCUGUCGCUGAAAGAAAAUGGUGAAUUGAUAAAAUUGCGCAAUAAAUGGUGGUAUGACAAAACGGAAUGCAAUCUCAACAAGGACAAUCAGGAGACAUCACGCAGUGAAUUGUCGUUGAGUAAUGUUGCUGGUAUAUUUUAUAUAUUGAUCGGUGGCCUCUUAGUGGCCGUCUUUGUGGCCAUCAUCGAGUUCUGCUUUCGCAGCAAAACAUCAACGCAAAAGGCGAAUGGCUCCAUGUUGAGUUCGGCGUCCGGUGGGGGCUCACAUCAGAGGAAUUCCCUAACAGAUGCCAUGCAUUCCAAAGCGAAAUUGACUAUUCAAGCGAGCAGAGAAUAUGAUAACGGACGUGUUGGG